ACCCCCCAGUCGGUUACCACAUCCAAUCAGUGUGCGCAGCAUCGUCGACAUCCAAUCACUAUGUAGAAGUCUUGGAGGCAAUUAGCUCCAGUAGCCAUAUAGUAACGGUUAAUGUUUGAAAUUCAUCACUGAAACUCAGGCGGUAACAAGGUAAAGUUAGCACCAUGUAUGGGUUGUUUUAUUUCGUUGACGGCUCCGUUAUUGGAGAGAGUACAUCUAUUAUACAGGAUGCAUAUAUAAAUGCUGGUGUUACAGUGAUUUGCAAGGAAGACAUCCAGUCCCAGGAAGGCUGGAUAGAGGUGAUUUUGCCAGCUAAACGCAGGCAAGAUCCGAAGCCGGUUGCAGCCAAACUGCUGUUCAUGGCGGAAAACUACAAAGUAGUCCAGAAGCGUGUCGCUUUUCUCAAAUGGGAUAUAUGGUCUUCCAGUCAGUCUGGCCAGGAGAAGGGGGUGGUGAAGCAAGGAAUGACUUCUGGUUCACAGAUGGCCAAGAUAGGCGAACAGCUCAAGAGGGACCUCAAACAGCAAGCUAGAAGACAACUCUGUUCUACUCCUGCUAGAUAUGAGUCUGAUUCUGAUGACACAUGUUGUGAUAUUUUUGAUCCUCCCAAAAAACGAAAAAUGGUGAUUAACACCAGUGAGGAGGAGGAGGACGCCAUCCCUCAGGUGGAGUCUCAGCGGCCUGGGACAGUGCCUGCAGUUUUUGUUGAACUGGAUGAGGACAGUUUAAAGGCUCUGAAAGAUGCAGUGAGCGAGCGAAUCCCCAACACCGAGGUGGCAGAGAUCCGGGCCCUUCUAUGGAGGAAGUGCAGCAAUAAGAGCUACAAGUCCUCUAGUAACUCAAGUCAGAGCUAGAUAUGCAUUUGUAGUAAGUUGUUUUGCCAUUGUUCUGUUCCCGGCAUUUCAGAGAUAGUCGACUGUUCAAGGUUCCUCCUUUUGCAAAUAUCUGCUUUUGUGUGUUACUUUUGUGUUAAUAAUAAAGAAGAUUUUCUGAAAUUCAAUUUGUAAUCUGUUGAUUUUAAUGUACUUGAACUGAAUUGUAAUAGAAUACACUUGUAGUGUAAUACCAACAUUCAUGCUUAAGUAUAACAAAAUGGGGAUAAAAUUACAAAUGAAAUGUACUUUCAAUUUGUUUCUACCUUAAACUAUAAUAACAUUGCACUGAAAGUACGUGUCUAUGACGUUUAGGUUGUAAUUGAACUUCACUUCAAAAACAUUAUUAUUGUCAUAGUGGGACACUUUAAAAUCACUAAAUAUAGUUAGGAAGUA